AUCUCGACCCUGUCCGGAAAUAUCCCCCACGCGCUCUCUACUCUGAACUCUGACCCUUUGCGGCCCUUCUUUCUCCUACUUAUAUACCAAACCCUCAGCCCCCUCAACCUCCUCAUCCUUUCCCAGAACACACACAAAUAUCCAAAAGAUAAUCAUUUUCGGAACUAAUUAUUUAUUUUUGGUUGUUCCGGGAAGGAUCUUGAGGAAGAUGAUGACGGCUAUGGUUUCAAGACAAGGGAGGCAAUUCCAGCGCUAUAACAACAGUGGCCGUCGUCGUGUUGUCGGAUGUAUCCCGUACAAGUUCAAUUUAAACAAAUCGAGCAGUGAAGGUGUUGAUAAGAGAGUGGAGGUUUUGGUCAUUAGCUCUCAGAAAGGAUAUGGAAUGAUGUUCCCAAAGGGAGGUUGGGAAAAGGAUGAAAACAUAGAACAAGCUGCAUUGAGAGAGGCAUGGGAAGAGGCUGGAGUACAAGGAGACAUUGAGUCUGAACUCGGAAAGUGGAGUUAUAAGAGUAAGAGUCAGGAUAUAAUGCAUGAAGGAGUUAUGUUCCCUUUAAAUGUGACUGAGGAAUUAGUCCGGUGGCCGGAGAUGAAUGUGCGGAAAAGACAAUGGGUGAGUGUUGAGGAAGUGAAGAAAGGUUGUCCUCAUUCAUGGAUGAUUGAUGCAUUGGAUAGAUUGAUUGCUCGACUUCGCCAUCAGUCCAUGUUAACAGACAAUAUUUUUAAUUGAGAGAAUCUUAUAACAUAAGUUAUGGAGUUUUUUCUGUUUUUGUAGAUAAUCUACAAUUACAGCAAAUUGACACACACUGUGAAUACCUGAUACAAAUGCUGUUGGUUCUCUCUUUGUAAUUCUUUCUAGUUAUAAUGAUUCUUUGAUUCAUUGUAAACCAAAGAUUCUGUCUCUCCUUGUUCUUUUCAUACUACUUCUCUCAAGUUUUGAACUAAUUAAUAAUGUGCAAGAGUUGCUGCA